AUGAUUGUUUUCUUCCUCAUCCCGCGACUGGGCAGCGGUACUUCUGCUGCCUGGGCGUACGAAAGACCGAAGCCAAACGAGCCAUCAUGGGACGGAAACCAUUUUGACAACGACGCAAAUGGCCUGAAGAGUCCGCUGUACCCGUUGCUUUACACCAGCAGUGGACUUGCUUCACAUUCGCAACCCGCAGCUCGAGCAUAUGAGUACAGCGGCCGGUAUACAACACUGACGGCAAGUGCAGAGGGCUUUGAUCAAGGCGAUGAGCCAGUUACGUUCGUGGGAAAGCGGCAGCGCAAACUGGCCGGCGUCGCUUCCAAGAAGCUAACUGCUGGCACGGUAAUCUCUAGCAAUGGCCUCCUCCAGACUGGGCUUUGCUAUUACAAGGACGAGCAUCCAUUCAGUCGCAUCUUCCUUGGUCUGAAAUCCCGACAGGUGAUCGGGAUACCGUACCCUCAACAAGGCGAAGUCGAUUAA